UCAACAGCUUCCACAAUGGCUUGGAUUUUUAGCACGCUUUUUCGAUAUUCGGUAUACGGCUCCACUGCAUCCGGGAUACAUUCAAAAGAGACAGCAGAACCUUUACUGCGAUCAAGACCAACAAGUAUGGCAGAGCCGCCAGAAUCUUCCCUACCGGCACAAGUGCUCGAAAAACUACGUGAGUUGAAUACAGAGCUUGCCGAAGGUGAUAUAACUCAGAAGGGAUAUGAAAAAAAAAGAGCAAAAUUGCUCGGGCCCUACCUAUCAAGAGAUUCAAAUGUUGCUUCACCUGGCAGUCCAAACAUGAACGAUCACUACAGCGCAGUGCAAAGGUCAGAGGCUCUGCAGGCAGCCUUAGCAAAAAGACUCAAUACGCAAGAUGAGAUGCCUGCACCAUUUAAAAGACAGUCACUUAUGAGGCGAAAGCCUGUGGAAAAUGGUACACAACCGCAACUUCUAAGAGGUUCUGUAUCUUCACAAGACUCUAUUGGAAACCAAGCCCCAAAUGAGUACACUCCCCCUGGCUCAGUUAGUUCUCGUACCUCUACACCUCGAGCAGGCUCUGAGGAAUUCCCCUCCCCUCCCCCAGACAUGUACAUACAACACCGUCACAGCACAAGCAGUUUCCCUCCUGUAACCCCUCCCCCAGACUUGACAAGGCAAGGACCAUUUGAUACCAAAGGAAGUCGAGUGAUGCAUAUGUCAUCAGUGAGGACAAUAGAGGAUGAUGGACAAGUGUCAGUGUCAAGUAGUAGAGUAUCAUCAAAAAUUCAACAACUUCUCAAUACACUAAAGAGGCCUAAAAGAAAACCAUUGGAACAGUUUUACAAAGAAGAGGAUGACGAACUUCUAGAAGCAACUAAACCUGAUCCAAAUGCUCCUCGACCUGAAGGACAAACCCUACGACCUGUCACUGGGGAAAUUUUGCAGGUUCCUGAGGAGCUGCCCAAGAACUUGGAGGAGGCUCUAAGCAAGUUUGCCACCAGGUCUCCAAAAGCUUCAUGCUUCUCUGUUGUGGACAACCAUGGAAAAACAAAUGUUACUCUGACAUAUGGCAAACUUCUGUCAAGAUCAAUGAAGCUAGCUUAUGCUUUAUUGAACAAAGUUGGAAGUCACAAGGAGGGAACAUCAAUUAUGACUGGAGACAGGGUUGCAUUGGUGUAUCAAGCUGAUGACCCCAUCAAUUUCAUAACAAGUUUUUAUGGAUGUCUUAUUGCUGGUAUCAUACCUGUUCCUAUUGAACCACCAGCAAGCAAAGAUUAUCCUGGUUGUCAGCAAAUUGGCUUCCUUCUUGGAAGUUGUGGAGUUUCCUGGGCCCUGACUUCUGAAACAUGUCUCAAGAGUUUACCUAAAGAUGACACAGGACAUGUUUGCACAUUUAAAGGUUGGCCCAAGUUACAAUGGUUUGUCACUGCAAACCUUAACAGACAUCCUAAAGAUUGGCAACCACCUUCCAAUCUGGACAGAAGUUCUCCAGCAUACAUUGAGUCCACAGUAGGAAAGGAUGGGGCAGUGAUGGGUGUGACUGUGACACGGAUGAGUAUGAACCUACAUGCUCAGGUCCUGAGUCAGGCAUGUUCAUACACGGAAGGUGAGAUAAUGAUCAGUGUCCUUGACCCUAAGAGGGAAGUUGGAUUGUGGCAUUCCAUUUUAACAAGUGUUAUGAAUGGAAUGCAUGUGAUUUAUGUACCACCAUCCGUUCUAGAUCACUCACCAAACAUGUGGCUGCAGAUGGUAACAAAACACAGAGCAACAUGUGCUUUGGUUAGUUCAAGGAAUCUCCACUGGUCUCUUCAUGCCAGCAAAGAUAUCAAAGAUGUCAAUCUUGGUACCAUUCGGUUUUUACUUCUGGCAGGUGCAGUGAAUCCAUGGUCUUUGUCAGCCUGUGAUUCUUUUGUAAAUGCCUUUGAAGCAAAAGGUUUGAAACCUGAGGCCCUCUGUCCAUGUGCAAGUUCAACAGAAACAAUGACAGUUGCCUUAAGAAGACCGGGCAAGCCAGGAACUACUGCAACAGGGCGUGGAGUUCUUUCAUUAUCUGGACUGAGUUAUGGUGUGGUAAGAGUUGACAAAGAAGGGUCUCUAACAUCACUGACCCUGCAGGAUUGUGGGACAGUGUUGCCUGGAGCCAAGAUAGCAGUGGUGAAACUUGAAGGUCCCCCUUACUUGUGUAAGAGUGAUGAAGUUGGUGAACUGUGCAUAUCAAGUGGAGCCACAGGGAGUGCAUACUGGGGUCUAGCUGGAAAAACAAACCACACAUUUAAGGUUCAACCAACUUUAGAUGAUGGUGCACCAUUUGAACAGUAUCCACUUAGUGACUUUGUUAGAACUGGGCUGCUUGGAUUUUUAGGACCAGGUGGUUUAGUAUUUGUGUGUGGAACAGCUGAUGGUUUGAUUAAAGUCAGUGGAAGACGACACAAUUCUGAUGAUCUCAAGGCAACAAUCCUUGCUGUCGAUCCAGUGAAAUUUGUCUACAGAGGCAGGAUAGCUAUAUUUUCACUGUCAAUCCUAAAGGAUGAUAGAAUUGUAGUAGUGGCUGAACAACGACCACAGUGCACAGAAGAAGAGAGCUUUCAGUGGAUGAGUCACGUGUUGCCCUCAGUGGACAGUAUUCACAAUGUUGGUAUUUAUUGUUUAUGUCUCGUGGCUUCUAAUGGAUUACCUAAGACAAGCUCCGGCGCUGUUCAUAUACACGAGACAAAACAAAAGUUCAUGGAAGGUUCUCUUCACCCAGCGAACAUUUUGAUGUGUCCCGAAACAUGCGUCACAAAUCUACCUCAGCCAAGGCAAAAACACCCUGAGCCUGGUCCUGCUGCCACCAUGGUCGGUAAUAUUGUAAUGGGGACAAGAAUAGGAGGAGCCGCUGGCCGAGAGAUCGCAGACAUAGAGGAGGACAGCGAUAUGGCGAGAAAGUAUCAGUUCCUGGCUGAGAUUCUCAAGUGGAGGGCACAAACCAUGCCUGAUCAUGUGUUAUUCACACUAAUGAAUGCAAAGGGCACUGUAUCAGCGUUAUUAACAACAACUCAGCUUCAUAAGCGAGCCGAACGCGUCGCUCAGAUGGCUGUAGAACAAGGUCGUCUUAGUUCUGGUGACAACGUAGCUCUUCUUUUCACCCCUGGUGUGGACUUCAUAGUUGCAGUCUUUGCUUGCCUCUAUGCUGGUCUCAUUCCAGUUCCCGUCCGUCCCCCUCACGCAAACAACAUCUCCUCUACCCUCCCCACCGUCAAAAUGGUCAUUGACGUCAGCAAAUCACGUGCAGUGCUAACAACUCACAACAUCGCUAAGGCGUUGAGAUCCAAAGAAGCUGUUGGCGUAGUGGACAUAAAAUCAUGGCCCACUGUGGUGGAAGUCGAUGAUGCCCCUAAGAAGAAGCUGACCAAUCCGUACAGAGCUCCUACACCGGAAAUGAUCGCUUAUCUCGAUUUUAGCGUCUCUACUACCGGAAUGCUGUCUGGAGUGAAGAUGUCACACGCAGCAGUGACUGCAUUGUGUCGCUCUAUGAAGUUAGCGUGUGAGCUGUAUCCUUCUCGUGACAUCGCGGUUUGUCUCGACCCUUACUGUGGUUUAGGAUUUCUACUCUGGUGUUUAACUGGUGUCUAUUCUGGACACCAUACAAUCCUCAUACCUCCAGGAGACCUGGAGACGAAUCCCGCUCUUUGGUUAUCAGUAGUUAGUCAGUAUAAAGUCCGCGACACGUUCUGUUCUUACCCUGUUAUGGAUUUGUGUACCAAGGGACUGGGGCAGUCAAUACCGGCGCUCAAGUCGAAGGGUGUCAAUUUAACCUGUGUACGUAACUGUGUAGUGGUAGCCGAGGAACGCCCCAGAAUAAACCUUACCACAGCGUUUUCUACUCUGUUUUCUGGUCUGGGUCUUUCUGCUCGAGCAGUAAGCACUUCAUUUGGAUGCAGAACUAAUGUUGCCAUUUGCACGCAGGGUGCAUCCACGCCCGAGGCAUCCAGCGUGUAUGUGGACACGAGAGCCCUAAGAAAUGACAGAGUCACUCUUGUAGAACGAGGAAGUCCUCACAGUUUAUGCUUAUUGGAAUCUGGAAAGAUUUUGCCCGGUGUGAAAGUAGUGAUCGCCAAUCCAGAGACUAAGGGCAUGUGCGCCGAUUCGCAUCUCGGAGAGAUCUGGGUCACUAGCCCGCAUAAUGGCAGCGGUUACUUCAUGACAGGAGAGGAUACGCUAACAGAUGACCGCUUCAACGUUAAGUUGACAACAGGAAGCACGACGGAGACUGCAGUCCCGUACGCGCGAACGGGAUACCUGGGAUUUAUCAAGAGAACAGAUUUCACGCAGACAGAUGGAGCCCGGCAUGACGCGUUAUUUGUGGUUGGCCCUCUUGAAGAAACCAUGAUAUUGCGUGGUAUGAGGUAUCACCCGGUAGAUAUCGAGAACACAGUGACGAGAUGUCAUCGCUCAAUCUGUGAAAGUGCGGUCUUCACGAUGACAAACCUACUUGUGGUAGCAGUGGAGCUUGAUGCAGAUGAACGCGAGGCACUUGACGUGGUUCCGCUGGUGACGACAUCCGUACUGAAUGAACAGCAACUUGUCGUAGGGGUGGUGGUAGUGGUCGACCCUGGUGUAGUCCCGAUCAAUUCUCGCGGAGAGAAACAACGGAUGCAUCUGAGGGACGGGUUCCUGGGGGACCAGUUGGAUCCUAUCUACGUGGCGUAUAAUAUGUAGACACCUCACUGCUUAGUUUCGUAAUUGAAUUGUGUCGUAGUUUUUUUAAAUGACAAUUAAUAGACAAGUUUGAAAUAGACUGUAGCGCUAGGUUUAGGUAUAAACUAGCGUUUGGUAAGGCAAUUUAGACAGGAACUACUGUCACGCGUGACGCGAGACCGUCACCUUACACGCAAACCUUUCGCGUGAGAUUUUUUUACCUGGACGAUUUCCAUUGUAGUGAAUCAGGUAGAGGCUGUCAAUGUGGAUUUAAUAGCCUAUGUGUUGUCUUACCCUCCUCCCUUCUCCCCUCAAGGAGAAACAGAACCCUUCCAUUUCUUCUUGGGAGGGAGGGUACGGCUACACGCAGGCUAGGAUGUAAAUGCUUUAUUAUGAGAGAAUUCUCGAAUACAGUUUGCGUUCGACAAAACCGCGUUGUUCAUUGAAUAAUUUAUGAUAAUUUUUUGAACUGGUUGGUUCGCGUAAAGCAAAAUUAUUUUCAUGUCACACAGUAGAAAGCAUCAUUAUAGUAAUGGAAUUUUUCACAGUGCGGGGAAACUGUGUUUUUUUUCACCAGGUAUUAGUGGAUGGUGAACUGCGAUUCUUUUUCCAUGAUGUUGUAAUGUGGUAGAUUGCAUAGUAAUUUAAAAUAGUUCGCGUAAAUAA